UUUCAUUCCAGCUUUUUAUGUAAAACACAUUCUAAUGACCAGCUGUAUGCAGCAAUAGUAUGAGCAUGCGCAGUACGUGAAAAGAGGACGGCGAAGAUUCAAAGUUUUUGUUCAGACUUUUCUUUCCUCGACUUGCACCGACCAGCAAAUUGAGGAUGUUUGGCUUUCACAAGUCAAAAAUCUACCGGAGUAAUGAUGGCUGUUGCAUCUGUAAGACCAAGUCCUCUAGUUCACGCUUCACGGACAGCAGCAGAUAUGAAGAGACCUUCAGGAUGUGCUUUGGACUCUCAGAAGAUCGCGUUGGAGACAUUUGUAAUGCGUGUGUUCUGCUGGUGAAGAGAUGGAAGAAGCUGCCUCAUGGCUCCAAGAAGAACUGGAAUCAUGUGGUUGAUGCUAGAGCCGGCCCAGGUUUUAAGGUGACAAAGCCCAAGAAGAUCAAGAACAGUGAUGGGAAGAAGAAGAGCAAACUAAAGAAGCUUCAUAAGUUUAAGAGGCAAACAGACUCAGAUGCUCAUAGCACAACGUCCAGCAUGUCUCCUGCCCAAUCUCCCAGUUACAGCAACCAGUCAGAUGACGGUUCUGACAUUGAGUCCAAACAAAGACGCUCAUCUCCUUCCAUCUUCUCCUUCCUGGAUCGUUCUUAUUGGAAGAGGCAAAAGGUGUGCUGUGGAAUUAUUUACAAAGGUCGGUUUGGAGAAGUGAUUAUCGAUCCCCGACUUUUCAAGCCUUGCUGCAGCUCAAAAAAACAGAAGACACUGACGCCCACUCAGGUGCCCACACUCCAACCACAACUCCCAGAAGAUUUGAAAGAAACCUGGUGAAUGGUUUUCAUUCAAUCUCCCUUUUUCCUAUAUGGGGCUAUCCAUGGCAUCCACCUGGAUUUGUCUCCAGUGGCAGACCUCAUUUUCAUUCCCCGUUAGAUCAGUUAAUGUUCGUCCUUGUAAUAAUCAUUUUUAUAUGGGUAUUUUUUAAAAAUCUUUUGUAUAGAGUUGAGCUCUUUGUUUUAACCGAAAAAAUAAAAUAAAAAAAAAACUUUUGGGCAUUAGUGUUAUUUAUAGGAUAAGGAUUACAUUUUCUUGAGUUAAAUUUUUGGUCCUAGAUUGCGUUUGGUUAUUUUUGUACUGAAUGAUCAAUUUUUGUAAAUAAUUUUUGUUUUUAUUUCAUAUCAGGACUGCUUUAUUUUUUUAUAACUUGUAAUACUGUAAUUGUGUGUAUGAAAGGCACCAGCUAUUUCCAAUACCAGCGUCAUGUGUUGAAGGGGAACCUUCAGCAUUUUUGCUGCAAUGUUUUGUCAUCUUUUAGCUUUAUUUGUUUCUUCUAGUGCACAUCUUGCUUUUGAUAACACACAAGGAUCAAUAGCAAAUCUGUUCUGUAAAAAUGUAAUUUCUUUAAAUGUGUACAGAUUAGACACAUUAGACAUAAACAGCUUUAGCCGCCAGUUUGAAACACUCAAUUUUAAUUUGCUCAGCAGUUUGUGCACAUUAGACCAUGCUUGCAGUAUGUCCCUCUGCUUGUUGGAUUGACAGUUUUUAUUUAUUUCUUUUGUACAGUCUCCAAUGAAAUUACAUUGCAUGUUGUAAAGCAAAUUGUUUUUUCAAUGAAUUUUGUAAAUACAGCAUUUUUGGCUCGUGAGUUUUCCAAAAAAAAAAAAAAAAAAAAUUGCAUGAAACAGCAAACCACUACAUCUGAAAGGUGCUGAAGGCAUGUAUUUCUUCUUUUUUUUUUUUUUUUCUU